ACGGCCGUGGGCUUUUGUAUCUGCUGUGUACAUUCUACAAGUGACUGGAUGUCUAUGGAAUUUGAAUGGCUUAAAAAAUGUAUUACAUACAUACAGGGGUGUUGUGUAUAUUUAAUUUAUCUUUUGUCUUGAUGACUCAUUUGGAGGUGGGGGAAAAAAACCAGUCAUUUUUUUUUUGUUGAAAUCUUAAAUUAUUUCCGGAAAGCUUUGUUUGUCAACUGCAAUUUGCUCAGAUAAAAUCUCUUAAUUUUACUUUUCAAGAAUAAUUCUUUACGGAAUUAGUUAUUGCAAGUAAUCUUUUAAAAGUCUUCUCGGAUCUUUGAUGAUUUUACACAUCUAAUGCGCUCGCCAAAACAAAAUUUUGGUUUUGUUAGGGUCUAAGCUUAGCAAACUAAAAGUUUGCAUACUUACUUAAAGAUUCUAUGUAUCCGUUUCCUUGCCUGAAGAAAAAGAAAAAAAAAAAAAAAAUCAUAAACAGGUGUUCUUAUAACCUCAAGAGUCCAAAAUCCCCUCCACGAUAGAAAUCCUAUUCCUGUCGGAUCACAAUCUCCAGGAAACUAAAGAAUCAUAUUCCUCCCAGGAUUCAGCAAAGCAGCUCUCAACAUGUAGAGGACUCCUUCGAUUGCUUAUAAAUAAUCUCUAAUUCGUGCUCUUCUCCAAUCGAUCGAUCAGUUCAAUUCUCGUCCUCUACUCUUUAAUCUCCCUUCGUCUCCAUCUCUUCUCGCAAUCUAAGGUACUCUACAAUGGCUUCCGAGGAAACCUGCAACAGUCCACGCCUAUGCGCAAACGGUUGUGGAUUCUUCGCGCGUGCAGAGACCCGGAAUCUAUGCUCCCAGUGUUACAGGCACGCCUGCGUUCAAGAACUCAAACGGCAAGCAUCAUCAGUAUCGAUACCGGCAGCUUCUACUACGACCCCCGAAAAGAUUGCUGACACAUCAGUUAACAGCGGUAGGAAGGAGACCUCUGCUGCUCCCGCUCGAGGUUUCGAUGAAUCAAAUGCCCGAGAGAAGCCCGAGGAUCGAUGUGGAUGCUGUAAUAAGAAGAUCGGUUUGAUGAAAGGAUUCAGUUGUCGUUGUGGCAAUGUAUAUUGUACGAAGCAUCGACAUCCAGAGGAGCAUCGUUGCAGUUUUGAUUUCAAGGCUGCUGCAAGAGAUUCGCUGGCCAAGGCCAAUCCUAUUGUUAAGGCUGACAAAUUAGAGAGGGUGUAGUUAGAUAAUAGGUAUAAGCUACGUGGAUUUUGGUUUCUUAGUUUCCUUUUUUUUUUCUUUUCAGUUUACGAAAAUUGUGAUAGUUUGGUGAAGAAGUUCUAGUAUUUUUUGGGUCAAUGUUGACGUGGAUGCAAGUUAAGUCAUUUUGUAAUUAUAUAUUGACUUCAAACUCUACUUGC